AUGAAGAUUUGCGUCUCGUGGGACGACGGUUCAGCCCCCGUUUUGAGCUAUUGCAGUGUCAGCAACAAUCAGAAGAAUAUGCCAUUUGUCUCAAUAGCCCAGAAUGCCUGGGGAAUUUUUAUAUCCGAAAGGAAGCCUGGCUGGAAGUAUCUGAUGCAGCUUUUUGCAGUUUGCUCUGCAGUUGGCUUCCUCUCAAGCUUUCUCUUAUUCCUUGGCAUGCACUUCUCCCUGGCACACCACCCUUUGGGUCCCUUAUUGAUUUCUGGAUUCAUCUGGAUCUCGCUUUCUAUCAUGCUCUCCUGUUUCAAGCACCUGCGCUGUUUUAGUGUCCUGUUCCUUCUUUCUUGCGGACUGCAAAAUGGCAGGGGUGCUCUUGCUCUUAUUACUCCUGGCACAGGCGUCGUGGUGGCCGGCAACAUCCAAAAUAUUUUUCGCAACCUAAAGGUUCUGGCAGACAGUAUAACCUGUCAUUUGGAGUAUGAGCAAUUUGCCUUGAUAAAAUAUUACGUUGAGGCAGUAAAAUGGAUUUACGAGGCGGCCAAGCCUUCCACUGAACUAUCUAAAUAUAUAGUGUUCCUAAGGCAUGAAUUCACACCAUCUUAUUCAAUUUCAGAUGAUGCGUUAAAACAAGAGCUAAAUGACACAAAACAAGAAAUCCAGAGAGUUGCUAACCAGAUAUCUUUUAUGCUGACUGUACUGCCCUAUAUAGGCCAGAAAGUAUUGCCUGUAGUGGGAAUUCUUCUAGCUUCUUUUGGAACUGGCCUCUUUAUCAAAAAAUUUGUGGGCUCUCACACUGCCAAAUUUAAGAACACUUAUAUCACUAAACAGUUCAUCGCAUUUGAUGAGCACCAAAAGCAACAGCAAAGACCCUGCCUUCUGCCACUUAACAGAAAAGAAAGAAAAGAUUAUGUGACAAUCCCAUCUUUCUGCCUCACAAGGAAGGACAGAAAAAACAUGCAGUAUUUUUUUCUCCCUAUAAUUAUUCAUCUUUGCAUCUGGCUUCUGUUUGCUGCAGUAGAUUAUUUGUUUUAUUGGUUAAUUAUUUCUGUGAAUAAACAUCUCCAAGAAGUACCGGAUCUAGAGAUUCAACUCAGCCUCUUUCAGCAAAGGAAUGAGAACAGCUUUAUCAUUGGUAUGAGAGAGCAUAUUGCAAAGACUGAUCCUUUCAAGAUCUCUUUGUUUAAGCAUGACUGCAUCCCUCAGCCAGAGCUCACUCUCUCCACGACAUGGAUCCAGCUUGGAGUCGUCAUCUUCUUCUUAAUCAUUUUUGGGUUAUUCUCUGGCCUCCUGACCCAACUUAAAAUACUCGUGUCAACUUCAUUUUAUCCUGACACUGAGAUGAAACGGAUACAUUAUUUGCAUGCAAAAUUACUCAAGAAAAGAGCAAAGCUACAAAAGAAAAUUGGGAAGAAUGUGUUUGCCAGAACGAUCAACUUUUGGUUUCCAAUACUCAAGGCAAGAGAGGCAGUAAGGAAGAAAGAAAGGAGUGUGGCAAAUGACAACAUGGUGUGA